CUUUUGUAACCGUAUCGAAAACACCGUUCCACCACUCCUGGAUACAACUUUCGGUUCACAACGAAACUCAGCGUUCAAUGACUACGCUAUUGCUAAGAGUUGACGAGAACGGCCAUCCUUCCAAUGAUGGUGUGAAGUUUCUGCCUUCUUUACCGUUACCGAAGGAUUAUAACAAGGGUGGCUUUCUUUUCAACGUUAGAUUGUUCCUCCCAGCUUCUUGUCGUAUAGCAAGAAACGGUAGGAUAUGGACAAACGUUCCACCUGAUCCUGCAAUUGAAUUCCACAGAGACAGUUUCUACAAGAAGACGAUCCCAGAGCAGUUCACGUCUGAUAUCGAGAUUGAUAUCAAAGUUUAUCAACCAGGAUGUUACUCCUACUACGCUUCGUUUACCGGUGAUGACGGCAAGUUGGAAACUACGAGAAGAUUCUACUUUGUGGUACCCCCUUCUCUCUACAUUGGUGAUACUUUCCUGCCUUUGAAUUCUAUCGCUAUGGAGUCUGUUGUUUCAAAAUGGCUCGGUCCUAGGGAGAAGUGGGACGUCGUGUUCAAGGAUGUCAAGCGUAAGGGUUAUAACAUGGUUCAUUUCACACCGCUACAGCAACGUGGUGAGUCCAACUCUCCAUACUCGAUCUAUGAUCAGACUGAGUUUGAUAAGGAUCUGUUCAAAGAUGAGGAGGAUGUUGAGUCCUUCAUCUCCCACUUACACAAGGACUAUGGAUUGCUGUCUGUUACUGAUAUAGUUCUAAACCAUACUGCGAAUAAUUCACAGUGGUUGAGGGAACACCCAGAGGCUGGCUAUAACAAGGAAACUGCUCCACACUUGACAUCUGCUAUUGAACUAGAUGGUGAGCUUUUGAAAUUUAGCAGCAAGUUAAGAACCCUGGGAUACCCAACAGAGGUAAACAGCAUCGAGGAUUUGCUGUCAAUUAUGGAAGGUAUUAAGGAACAUGUUAUUGGAACAUUAAAGCUGUGGGAAUUUUAUGUGGUGAAUGUUGAAGACACAUUGGAGAGCACUAAGAAGGUUUGGUCCACAACUUCUAAAGGUUCAACGGUGAUUGACGUUCCUGAUGAGGUAAAAUCUUCGACUGAAAGGAUUGCUGAAUUCGUUUCAGAUGUUGCUGGCACCUUUACGCUAAAGCAUAGAUACUCCAAUGCAGUCGAGCCAGUGAUCUUCGCCGCUAUUCUUCAAUCGAUCUAUGGUGAUGGUGACUUUGUUGACAUUGAGCAAAGAGCCAAGGAGAUCUUGAACGAGGUAAACUUGCCUCUGUACAAGGCAUACGAUGGUGAUAUCAGCAUUAUUCUGGAACAGUUGUUCAACAGAAUCAAGUACCUUAGACUCGAUAGCCACGGGCCAAGACUAGGUAAAAUCACAGAGUCGAGUCCAUUGACUGAGCCAUACUUUACUCGUUUUACUGGAACUGAUGGAAAUGAGUACCAGUUGGCCAAUAACGGUUGGAUUUGGGGUGGUGAUCCUUUGGUUGAUUUUGCCUCUGACAAAUCCAAGAACUAUUUGCUACGUGAAGUCAUCAUUUGGGGAGACUGCGUCAAAUUGCGUUAUGGAAAAGGACCACAGGACUCUGAAUACCUCUGGUCGAGAAUGUCCAGAUAUGUUCAGAUCAACGCUAGAAUAUUUGAUGGGUUCCGUAUCGACAACUGCCAUUCGACGCCUCUCCAUGUGGGUGAAUACUUCCUGGACCUUGCAAGAAAGACAAACCCUCACCUAUACAUUGUGGCUGAACUAUUUACUGGUUCAGAGUCUAUUGACAAUCUCUUUGUUGAGAGAUUGGGUAUCACUUCUUUGAUCAGAGAAGCCAUGCAAGCGUGGUCUGUUGAAGAACUCUCAAGACUUGUUCAUAGACAUGCUGGUGCCCCAAUUGGUUCCUUCCAGCCAUUACCACUUGAUGAUUUUGCUUAUCCUGCAAAAAAUGAGGGCUUUUUGAUCAACGACACUCUAUCAGAGAUCCAAAUCCCACGUAUUUUGGAAUCAACCAAGACCCACGCGUUGUUUAUGGAUUGUACGCAUGAUAACGAAACUCCGUUUGACAAGAGAACAGUUGAAGACACUUUGCCAAACGCCGCACUUGUGUCAUUAUGUUCCACAGCCGUUGGAUCUGUCUUUGGGUACGAUGAGUGCUACCCACAUCUGUUAGAUGUGGUUAACGAGAAGAGAAUGUAUACCGUUGGUGGUGGAAUUGGAGAUGUGAAGGAGAAACUUUACAAUAUUAGAAAGUCGAUUUCUGAUUCGUCGUUUAUUGCAGAGGAUCAUGAAAUGCACGUACACCAUGAUGGUCAAUAUGUCACCCUUCAGCGUGUCAAUGCUAAAACUGGAGAAGGUUGGUUCCUCAUCACCAGAUCGAAGUUUUACCAGGACCAGGAUCAAUGGUUGGCUCCUAUUGUAUUGAAAGGAACCACAGCUGAAUUUCAAUUUGCUUAUACAUUAGUAAGAACUGGUGAUCCAAGCAAGGAUGACAAGUACAUAACUGGUGUUCCUACGGAAGUGCGUUCUUUGCAACCUUUGAGAGUUGAACAUUCCGAUGGUGACGCUCACAUCAGACUUCCAGACGAGUUCCCACAAGGUUCUAUUGCAAUUUUGAAAACACAGUUCAACUCAGUUGAUAGUAAACUUGACUCAUUCUUGCGUACCGGUGCUGUUGAUUCUACAAAGGGACUCUCCCUGAGUGAUAUCAACGUUCUCUUGUACAGAUGCGAGUCUGAAGAGAGAGAUGCAAGCGCUGGAACUGAUGGUGUUUACAACAUUCCAAACUACGGACGUUUGGUGUACGCUGGAUUACAAGGUUGGAUAUCUGUGUUACGAAAUGUGAUUAAUUCAAACGAUUUAGCACAUCCUAUUGCACAGCACUUGCGUAACGGUACCUGGGCCUUGGACUAUGUCACUAGAAGACUGGACAAGUAUUCUGAUGGUGAUGGUGUUGAUACAUUCCGUAUAUGGCUGAAACAUAGAAUGGAGAGGAUCAAGGAGGUUCCAUUCUUCUUGGUUCCAAGAUACUUUGCUCUGGUUAUAGGAGUUGCCUAUGAAGCUUUAAGACUGAAGGCUUUAUGUCUUUUAUCGGCAGAAAUCCAAACUGGCAAUCUCUUUGUCCAACGUUUGGCCCUCACAUCCUACCAGAUGGUUGGCGAGAUGCGUUCAACUUCUCUUUCACCAUUCAAAGCUGUCGAGUGUAUGGCUGCUGGUCUUCCUCACUUCAGUUACGAUUAUAUGAGAUGUUGGGGCAGGGACGUGUUCAUCUCCACUAGAGGCUUGUUGCUUGCUACAGGGAGAUUUGACGAUGCUAAGAAUCACAUCCUGAAUUUUGCUUCAACGUUGAAACACGGAUUGAUCCCAAACUUGUUGGAUGCUGGAAGAAACCCUCGUUACAACGCAAGAGAUGCGGCUUGGUUCUUUGUUCAGUGUAUUCAGGAUUAUGUUGAUAUUGUACCAAAUGGUGAAGAAAUUUUGAAGGAGAAGGUUAAGAGACGAUUCCCUUUGGAUGACAGAUACAUCACUUUUGACGAUCCAGAGGCGUUCAGUUAUGAGACUUCAAUCGAGGAUAUCGUUUAUGAGAUCCUUAGUCGUCAUGCGAAGGGUAUCGAAUACCGUGAAGCCAAUGCUGGUCCACGCUUGGAUAGUCAGAUGAAGGAUGAAGGUUUUAACGUGAAAAUUUUUGUUGACUGGACCACUGGGUUGGUUCAUGGUGGUUCUCAACUCAACUGUGGUACUUGGAUGGACAAGAUGGGUGAAAGUUCCAAAGCUGGGAACAAGGGUAUUCCUGGGACUCCUAGAGAUGGUGCGGAUGUCGAAAUAAACGGUCUCUUGAAAAGCUGUUUAAGGUUUGUGAUUUCUCUGAACAAGCGUGGUCUCUUUAAGUAUACGGAAGUUAUCAAGGAUGACGGUUCCAAGAUAUCUCUCCAGGACUGGAAUCAGCUCAUACAGGAUAAGUUUGAAUGGGCGUUCUACGUCCCAAAGGAUCCAAAGGAUGACCACAAGUAUGCGGUUAACCCCAAUAUUGUGAACAGAAGAGGCAUUUACAAGGAUAUUUACAAAUCAGGCAAAGAAUACGAAGACUACCAACUCAGACCAAAUUUUGCCAUUGCCAUGACUGUUGCACCAGAGCUCUUUGACCCGCAGAGGGCUUACGAUGCUCUGAAAUUAGCAGAUGAAGUUAUUCGUGGGCCACUAGGUAUGAGAACUUUAGAUCCAUCUGAUUUGAACUAUAGACCAAACUAUAUCAACUCUGAUGACUCUGACGACUUUGCUGUUGCCAAGGGAAGAAACUACCACCAAGGUCCAGAAUGGGUAUGGUGUAUGGGCUUCUUCCUAAGGGCAUUGCAGAAGUUCCACCUAAAAGUUUACCAUGAAACCAGCUCCACUGCAGUUGCCGAUCUUUACCAGAUUCUCACCGUCAGACUCGACAGACAUAGACAUUGGAUCAGAGAAAGUCCAUGGGCCGGUCUCACCGAGCUGACAAAUAAGGAUGGUGCUCUAUGUUCUGACUCGUCACCUUCACAGGCGUGGAGCACUAGUUGUUUGCUUGAUGUAUACUACGACAUCUGGAGUGAUAAAAUUUAACCUCCGACUCCACCCCAUAUUUUGCUUAGAGAGCUUUAUACAUUAGAUUGAACUAUUAGAUUAGUGUUAUUUUUUUGAUUACCAUCAACCACAUCAUAACAGAAACAAAAGGGUCUUUAUUUGAUUUGAGCGUCAUCUGGUGUAGCUGGCACAGGUUGGUCACAUGUUGAUUGCGUUAUCUCUAAGGCUGAGAACGGGGUAAAAACGCGAUAGUGGGUCACAACCAGAAAUUUGCCUAUAUAAUCAG